UUUUGGGUUUGGCCCUCGCGGCGACCCGUACCUUCCCGCCGCUCCUCUCGCUCCGUGCUCUCCCCCCGGCCCGGGGAAAUGGAGGAACCCCCCGAUGGCUUCGGCUCCCAACGGUCGCUCCCCGGCGCUGGGUCCAGAGCGGCCCGAGGAGGGGAUGCUCUGUGUGCCGGAACGGUGAGAGUUUCUCAGAGGCAAUCCUCCCGUUGCAGCUGCUGCCAGCACUGAAAACCUGUGUGCUUCGUGGUGUCCAUCGCCCAGCUGGCAACGAUUCCCUGGUGUUUGGUGCAUUAAGUCACACCCAGCUGUGUGGGAUGGCAGAGUCAGGUGGGCCCUUUAUUGAACAGAUUUAUCUGCUACAAGGCUACGCAGAAGGAUGGAAAGGAGGAACACAGGGGGGAAAAAAAAAUAGAUGAAAGGCCAUGCAUUGAUCACCUGAUGUACUCCAGAGACAAACAUGGCUAUUACAGGGGCUGGUUCUGGGGUAACAAGGAAACACAAGGCCUAAACACCUCUGGCUUGUCUGUCCAAGGAUCUGCCUCAAUUGUGGCUCCCAUCCUUCUGAAGAACUCUUCAGCACAGUAAGGGACUCUGCCCAGUCCUUCCUGACAGUCCACGUCCCUCUCUCCGUGUCCUACAUCUGUGUGACGGCACCGAGGGGCUGGGCUUCCCUGGAGCACCGCACCGAGAUGGAGUUCUCCUUCUUCUACGACACCGUUCUCUGGAGGACAGGGAUCCAGACGGACAGCGUGCUCUCGGCCCGCCUGCAGAUAAUCCCCAUCUACAUCCGCGAGGACGGACGGCUGGUCAGCGAGUUCAGGACGCAGGCCAAGUUCAGAGCGCUGUUUGUCACGGAGCACCACAGCCUGCCAGAUGUCAGGUCCUCUUUGAGAACUCCAGAGCACCUGGGAGGCAUCGAAUUUGACCUGCAGCUGCUGUGGAGUGCUCAGACUUUUGAUUCUCCCUACCAGCUCUGGAGAGCAACCAGCUCCUACAACAGGAAGGAUUACUCUGGAGAAUACACCAUGUUCCUGAUCCCCUGCACGGUGCAGCCCACGCAGCCGUGGGCAGAGCCUGGAGCCAAGCCCCUGCCCUGCACGGCUCACGCUCCCGAGCGGUUUUUGAUCCUGAUCACCUUCCAGCAGACAAGCCGCCCAGUUCCAGUUGUUUACUCCCAGAACACAAGAGUUUCAGAUCUGUAACGACGAGAAGGUUUUUCUAAUGGACCCCACCAAAUCGGAAAGGUCUCUGGCAGAAAUGGAUUACAAGGGGGGCUUUUUCCAAGGGUAGGAUUUACCUCUCCUCUUCUGCUUGUGCCCAGCGUUUCUGCUUUCACAGCUUCCAUUCCCUGGAGAGGAAAGGGCAAAACCCACAGGUAGCUUUGCCUCUUCUACAGCAAUCAUUGACAUCUUACAGCCCUGUGAAAGAGCAGCGUGCUCUGGCACCGCGUUUUGUCACUCCCACCCACCGAGCCCUUCCCAAACAACCCAAACCCUUCUGAACACGGACACUUGGCUCUAGCAGCGUUUUCCUGCUUGGGAAAUUUCACCUGCCCCUCUUUGUCCCGACCUCCCCAGGGCAGAUCCUGUACGGGCACGUGCUCUGGCACCCGGAACAAAACCUCAACGCUGCUUACAAGCUGCAGCUGGAGAAGGUCAACCUGUGCACAGGCAGGGAUGGCUACGUGCCCUUCCUCGACCCCACGGGUACCGUCUACAACGAGGGGCCCCGGUACGGCUGCAUCCAGCCCAACAAGUACCUGAAACACCGAUUCCUCCUCCUGGACCAAAACCAGCCAGAAGUGAGGGAUAAGUAUUUCCACGAUGUGCCUUUUGACGCCCACUUUGCUUCCCAGCUGUCCGAGUUCCACUCGGUGAGCAGCAUGCCCGGAGUUGAUGGAUUUACUCUCAAGGUGGAUGCUCUCUACAAGGUAUGUAGUACCCAGUGCUUUUGGUAGCCCAAAAUGGACUUCUCUGUCCAGGACCUCCCAAACACUUGGUGAAUUGUAGACUCUGGGCCUUCAGAAUUCACCUCUGAUACAAGAAAUGAAGAUUAGGAUGUUAGUCCCGUAAUUUCAUUUUUUUUUUUUCCCUGAGGCACUCAUGAGAAAGCUCUUUAAAAACACAUUAUUCGUGUUCCUGAAGGAAUUAAUGCCAUCGCAAAGGCAGGACACCUCACUGCGUGG